AUGGAGGUGUGGAGCAGCUCGGGAGGAGACGACAGUGAGAAGGAGAGCAGUGGAAGUCAGGAUGAGGAAGAAGAGGAGCCUGAAGACGAAACAGGGCAAAGCACUGAGGGUCUGUGCAGAGAGCUGGUGGAAGUACUGUGUUCAGAGAGAGUUGGACAGGUCACAAAGACAUACCAUGAUAUAGAAGCUGUCACACACCUUUUGGAAGAGAAAGAACGAGAUUUAGAGCUGGCAGCUCGAAUCGGCCAGUCACUGCUGAAACAGAACAAGACACUGAAAGAACGGAAUGAACUGCUGGAUGAACAGCUGGAGAUUGCGAAAGAAGAGAUAGCUCAGCUGCGUCAUGAGCUCUCCAUGCGAGAUGAUCUUCUGCAAUUCUAUGCCGGGACUGAGGAGGGUGAAACUUCUGCAGAAUCGUGUUCACUGUUUAGAAGAAUUGAGUCAAGCUCUUCUCUCAGUAACUACAUUAAUUAUGACUUCCUAGACCAGAAGCUUAAGAAUUUGGAGGAGGAGAAUUUCAAACUGCGGGCUAAGGCUAAUGAACUAACAUCAGAGACCACCAGUUAUGAGGAGCAAGAGCAGCAGCUGAUGAUGGUGUGUGUUGAAGAGCUCUCUUCAGUGAAUAAGCAGGUGGUGGAUCUGUCUGAGGAGCUGGCUCGAAAGGUUGAGGACUCUCUCCGGCAUCAGGAGGAGAUUAGCUCUCUGUUAGGCCAGGUUGUCGACCUGCAGCAGCGCUGUAAAGUGCAAAUCAAAGAGAAUGAGGAACUGACCCAGCAUUUGAAUGCUUCACGAGAAAGUCAGUCACAACUCAGGACAGAGCUGAAGGACGUGCAGGAGAGGUACUCAGAGUGUAAAGACAUGCUAUGGGAAGCCAGAGAGGAUAUCAAGAACCUGCGCAAUAAGAGCCUGCCCAACAGCACAGUGCAGCGCUACAGUUCCCUCGCUGCCGUGUUUCCUAUGGACUCCCUCGCUGCCGAAAUCGAAGGAACUUUCCGCAAAGGCCUGGACAGUCCUGCUCCCUCAGAAUACAAAACCCACCCUUAUCGCGUGUUUGAGACAGUGAAGGUGGCUAAUCAGGUUGCUCGGCUCCGCUCUUGCAGCCACUCCCCUCAGAUACCUGGAUCUAGUCCCACCUCUUCUCCGUCUAGUCGAACCAGCACACCACGCACCAACUACUAUGGCUCUGACUCUGUUAGCCUCAACUUUGAAGAAAAAACCCACUUUGUAACACCUUCACAUGAGCAGAGUCUUGUGGAGUUUAAACGUCUGGGUCAACCGGGGAUGCCAGGUGGACAGGACCUUGAGGAGGCUCUGCGUUCCCUUUCUGCACGCCAGGAGAGCCAUUCCUCUGAUCGGCCGUUCUUUGAGGUGGAGCGUGAGAGAAAGCUCAGGUUACUGGUUGGUGGCAGCAGCAGUGCAGCAGGCUCUAGUGGCUUCCUCACUCCCAAUGACAGCUUGGCCUCAACAGGAACCAACUACUCAGGAAUGUCACAUCCUUCGUCUGCUUCAUCCGGCUCACGUUCCUACCUACCCGAACGACUGCAGAUAGUCAAACCACUAGAGGGUUCAGUUACCUUGCACCACUGGCAGCAACUGGCUAAACCCAACUUAGGGGGCAUCCUUGAACCACGACCAGGUAUCCUCACCAAAGACUUCAAGGAGCUGGAUGUGGACGUUCAGGAUGUUUAUAACCUCACCGACCUUGAGGAGGAUGAACCAGAUUGGUCUAAACUCUCUAACUCCACUCAGAACCCAAUAGUCACUUCAUCUGGAUCCAACUUCUCUCACACCUGCCCCACCCACACCAUCACCAACUCUCAGAUCCUUCAUCCAUCCAUUCUGCUGUCCUCCUUUUCCACUAGCCUUGCAGUGGGUAACUUGCCCUCUUCUGGAAGUGGGGGGCAUGUAAGGACUUCAUCGGAUAUUCAGCAGUUUCCAGCAUAUCAUGGUUUGCUCCAUAGAACAGUCACAAGCACGACACCCUCGCAAGGUCUUGUCAAGCUGCUUCAGGAACAAGGCAUCUCUGCUGCGACUCAGCCCAUCCUCAGACCCUCCUCCAACACAAGUCUGCAGGAUGAAGUUAAAGGUGGGGGUCAUCAAGAAGAGAAACGGCAGAAAAACAUUUUCAGCUUGAAUCUGGUUGAGAAGCUUCAGAGCGUAGGCCUUUAUAAAGUGGUUGCCAGAGGAUUUAUAGAUUCUAGGAAGAAGGAAGAAGAUUCACACACUUCUUCUUUAUUAAGAAAAAAACUGAAAGCUGGCCUGUAAAUGAGCUAGUUGUAGGUACUGUCUGUAAUUUAUUUAGCUGAUCUAA